AUGUUCUUCAAGCGCCGCUCCCGCGCCAACAGCUACAUCGAGAACGACGGCCCGCAACGCUCCCAGUCCUACGACGACUACGAGAAAAUCAGGCCCGAGUCCUCGCACACCCAGCAGCAGCAGCAGCAGCAGCAGCAAGUCUCGUCGCCCACCGAGCAGGACAUGUAUCCGCGACCCCAGCAGCCCCAGGAGCCCCAGUACUCGAGGGGUCUAUCCAACGGCGUCAACUCCAUGUCGUUGGGACAGCCCACCCCGCCUCUGAGCUCCGGCUUGAAGCCGGAGCCCAUGCCUGACCUGCUCACCCAGGCCUUCAACCAGGCCGUGCGGCCCUACACGGAGAAGAUCGAGCAGCUGGAGAGCCAGCUCGCCGACAUGCAGGCGUGGGUCGAGCAGUUGGAGCAGCAGCGCGCCGAGGUGCACAGCUGGAUCGACAAGCGCGGACUGCGACCCGAUGUUCCGCCAUCCAUCGCGAAGAUCAUGGACACGACCACUGCCGACGGAGCCGUCACCCUCAAUGCCCAACUGGACCGCAAGAUCACCAUCGUCAACUUCGAUCUCCACCGCUUGCAGGAUGACCUCAACGACUCCAUCUCUUCUGCUCACUUCGCGUCGGCUAUGCUCAAGUUUUUGCCCGACAUCCAGCGACUGGCGCUCCUUCCCUCGGGACCUCGACACGCCUUCGAUCUCGUCCUCAAACUCGGCGGCAAUCUCAACUCGCACGGCGGCCUGGACUCGGGCGAUGAAGACGAUCUUGCUGCCCGCCGCGACUUCUACGGCCGCCUCGACGCCGCCAUGGUUGAUGUAGUCAGCAGACGCUUCGGCGAAGGCGAGGAGUGGAACGUCCAACGCGAGAUCAAGCGAAUUGAGAAGACCGCUCAGUACCUGUCGACCUACGGCAUCAAGCCGUACUUCCCGCAGACACUUGAUGUUAUGCGAAGGGAGACGGAGCAAAGGGGCUACCAGAGCGCCAACGGGGCACAAAGCGGGUCGCCUCCGCGGUACCACUAA